CCCGCCUCCUGGUUGGGAUCAAGGCCGCGGGAGUUCAGGGCGCCCCGACCACGGGGACGGGCUUUUCGAAAGCGCGCGUCCUGCUUCCGGGCCCGCGGUCACUGAGCGCUGGGCGCCGGCUGGGCGCCAGGUGCUCUGGGGUCGGCACUGCCCACCCUGGGGACUUCGCAGCCCCGCCCGUGCACUGCCUGGAGGGCUGGCAUUUAAACGACCGUGAGUUUUGUAAAAUGUCACUGAAAGGGGAAGGCGGGGUGUUUGGAAAUUACAGAAAGUCACAGAGCAGAAAAUAAACCCCGAGCGACCUACCAGCCCGAGAGCCACUGUGAAUUUAGGGAUCCCAGGGAGCGCCCGGGGCCGGUGAGUUCCCCGCCACCUCUGUGUCAGCGGCUGGCACGAGGGCCUAGCCCAGGGCGUGUGGCCACGAUGUCCAGCCCCUUCCUGAAGCAGGUCUUCAACAAGGACAGGACCUUCCGCCCCAAACGCAAAUUCGAGCCAGGCACCCAGCGCUUUGAGCUGCACAAGAAGGCGCAGGCGUCGCUGAAUGCGGGGCUGGACCUCAAGCUGGCCGUGCAGCUGCCCGCCGGCGAGGACCUCCACGACUGGGUGGCCGUGCACGUGGUGGACUUCUUCAACCGCGUCAACCUCAUCUACGGCACCAUCAGCGACGGCUGCACCGAGCAGUCCUGCCCCGUCAUGUCUGGCGGCCCCAAGUACGAGUACCGCUGGCAGGACGCGCACAGGUUCCGCAAGCCCACGGCGCUGUCGGCCCCGCAGUACAUGGACCUGCUGAUGGACUGGAUCGAGGCACAGAUCAACAACGAGGAGCUCUUCCCUACCAGCGUCGGCACGCCGUUCCCCAGGAACUUUCUGCCGGCGGUGAGGAAGAUCCUGUCGCGGCUGUUCCGCGUGUUCGUGCACGUGUACAUCCACCACUUCGACCGCAUCGCGCACAUGGGCUCCGAGGCGCACGUCAACACCUGCUACAAGCACUUCUACUACUUCGUCAAGGAGUUCGACCUCAUCGACACCAAGGAGCUGGAGCCGCUGAAAGAAAUGACUGCCCGAAUGUGCCACUGAGAGCCCCUCGGGCUCCCCAUCCCCGAGGCAGUGCCAGGGGACACGCCCACUCGAGCGCCACCUCUCUGGAACAUGGACCAUGUUUUCUGGCCCAGGGCUCAGUGACAUCACAACCAUUGGACAGCAAGUCCUGUGCCACCCAGGCUCCACUGAACAGGGCGGCAAGCCCUCUCCCUGACUGCGGGUGGCAGCAGCCAUGGGUCCUGUGUGUGGGGUACGGCCUCCCUACGCCCACACAGCUGGGCUUGGACUCUGAUUCUGCGCUGUGAGCAGCCAGGAGGACCCGCCUCUCCAGUCCAGCACGUGCACUUGUCCCCGGGGGGCUGGAGCUCCUCCCAAACCUCUGCCCCACCGCACCUCAGCACGCUGGCCUUAGCCCCACUCGGCCUGUCGCUGCGUGCCCCAGCUUUGCAGCCUGGGACGGGACAGCCUGCAGGCUCCAGUCAAAGAUAGGACCCCGUACCCGCCAGGCCUUCUAGCAUCGGUCACUGUCAGGUCACCGUCACGAGUGGUACGACGUCCCCAGCCCCCUCCCCUCCUGCGUCCUCUCUGUCCGCUUUCUGCCUUCAACUCCUCCCAAACACUGGCUCAUCCGUCAGGCUCCAGACUCCGUGCCUGCACCCUGGGUCUCCUGAGGCCCCUCACGACCUUGAGAUUAAGGGGGAAAGUUCUCUACCAUAAGCAGUGAGUCCACGGCCUCGAGACAUAUGUCCCCGUAUGAACAACACGGGGAGCCUCCACGGACCCUCCAGGUCUGGGCCUGUCCACGGGACCAACGUCCACCACCGUCUCCCCUCAGGACACUGGGAGGUGGGGUCACUCGGAAGUGACUCCAGGAAGCCUCUCGCUACCCCGGCAUCAACCCCCGGCCCCUCCGCCCUGCCUGCUGACUGGCACCUGCAGUGGCCUUUCCCCUGCAGCCCCUCCCUCAACCACGCCCACCUCCGAGGACCCCGUGUGUCCAGGGUGCUCAUGGAAGAGAGGGGUGCUGUCACCCAACACCAAACAAGUGCGAUUCCCACGACCUCAGCCUGACCCUCCGGGUACUGCUGAGUCGGCUCUCACAGCCCUGGUCGGGCCUACGGAGUGCAAGACACCAGCCACUGGGUGUAGCUCUUUCUAAACGCAAAGCCACGACCAGACACCACAACCACUGUGCUCCCUAACCCCAGUCGCCCACUCUUCCUGUCAGCCUGGCCAGGUCGGGGAAGGUGGCAGGGACUGUGGGCAGGGAGGGUCCCCUCCCCACCCUCCUGCACCUGUGGCUGUUAUGCCACGAACAUCAGAAUAAAUUGUGCCAUUUUAGUAGCCA